AUGAGAAAGAAGGUGUCAAACUUGUAAGAUUACUAAGAAUCCAAAUAGCAUCAUCUUCUAAACUACCUCAGCACUUUGGAGAAAAAGGAUUAGGAGAAGUUAUUAGAAAAAUUGGAAUCUAUUAAUAUUAGAAAUCUACUAGAUGUAAGCUUAAAUUGCUACUCUAGGUUUUUAGUCAUUAUAAAGAAAAGCUUAACGAGAAUCGUAACAUCAAUCCAAUCCGAAAUGUAUUGAAAGUUUCCUCUACUUCUAAAGAAACUCUUCAACAGUAUUAAAAGUUGGGAGAAAAAUUAAUUUCAGAAGGAAAGGGUAUCGAUAAAAUUUAAUAACUAUCAAGUUUGCAUAGCAAUGAUGGCAGGGGGUUAAGGCACAAGAUUGGGUUUUAAUAAGGCGAAGGGUAUGUAUGAUAUUGGUUUGCCUUCUCAUAAAACUCUUUUUCAAAUUUUUUGUGAACGCAUUUUAAGUCUUUAAAAUAUGAUCCAAAUCACUAUGGGAUAAUGCUUACCUAUUUAAUUCUUUAUACUGACUUCUGAUGUUAAUCAUGAAGAGACAACCCAGUAUUUUAUUGAAAAUAACUAUUUCAAUCUUCAAUCUGAUUAAAUCACCUUUUUUCAGCAAGAUUCCCUUCCUAUUUUGUCAACAGAUGGAGAAAUCAUGUUAAAUGAUCACACAUCCAUUCUGGAAGGUCCAGAUGGUAAGAAAACUAAAAUUAUCUUUGAAUAGGAAAUGGAGGAAUUUUUAAUAGUCUCUACAAUCAGGGUUAUUUGGAUUAUAUGAAAUGUUUGGGCAUUAAAUACAUUCACAUAUGCCCAGUAGAUAAUGUUCUUUGUAAACUAUGUGAUCCUAUUUGGAUUGGAUAUACAGAAGCGAACAAUUUAACUAUUAGUAGUAAAUUUGUUAAAAAAGCAUAUGCUGAAGAAAAGGUAGGAAUGCAUGUUUUAAUCAAUGAUACGCCUUGUAUGAUAGGUGAAUAUUUAAAUUUAGAUUAGAGUAUAGUGAAAUGACAUAGGAAGAUUUGCAUAAAACGAAUGAUAAAGGAGACUUACUUUAUGAUGCAGGUGGAAUCGCUUAAAUGAUUUGUACAGUUGAAUUUACAUAUAAGAUAUAUGAAGAUCCAUAAAUUAGAAGUAAAUUAGCUGCUAAGUAAAUUUAUUUUAGAUAAUAGUUAUCAUGUUGCGUAAAAGAAAUAUGAUUACUAUGAUCUAAAUCAAAGAAAAGUUAUUAAACCAGAAAGUAUAAACGCCUUGAAAUUUGAACUCUUUUAUUUUGAUUGUAUCCCUCUUUGUUCUAAAGAAUAAUUUGGUUUGAUUGAGGUAAGAAGAGAAGAUGAGUUUGCUCCUGUCAAAAAUGCUCCAGGAGAAAAAAGUGAUACACCAGAAACAGCUAAAAAAUUUUAUUUGGAUAGGGAUUAAAAAUGGGUCAAAAAUUGUGGUUUUUCAUUUUCUUAAUAGGUUGAAUUAUCAGCUAAGGUUACAUAUUUUGGGGAAGGCCUUGAAAAAAUCUUACCAAAAUAUUUAGGUAAUAAAUAAAACCCUCUAAUAAUAACAAAUGAUAGAUUAUCAACAUAAAAAUAACCUCAAUUAGUUAAAUAGCCCCAACCAAAAUAAUAGCCCUUACAAUAGCCAUAAUAAUUAUAAUAACAAUCAUAAUAAUCUAAACAAUCAAUAAAGCAAUCAUAAAAAGGAGGAGUUUCGAAUUAGUAAUUCUAUCCAUAAGUUGUUUACUAUUAAUUAGUCAAUUCAGUUCAACACUCAAUACUCUAACCUAAUUAUUUCCCAUAUCAAUCAACACCUUAAAACUCUAGGAAUAUCUUAAUUUAAGAUAAUUCUGUUCACUAAAGUCAGAUCUUUAACCAAAGAUUAUCUAUAUAACAUCAAACAGCUUCGUAAUAAUAACUAAAGCAAGUGAAUGCGACUGCAUUUCCUACUCAAGGCAUUUCUACUGUCUCUACUCCAAAAUUAAUUCAUCCAUAAACCCUACAUUAACCAAUUAUGCAUUCUUAAAAUUUACUUAUGCAAAAAUAAAGCAUUAUCUAGCCAGCAUAAGUAAAUUCAUCUUUGUCUCCUCAAAGAGUGACGUCAUAUUUCAAAUAAAGAGCUGCCACUGUACAGAGACCUACUAUGUUUGUCUAAUAGCGUCAAUUAGUAGCAUCAGCGCAGUAAUAUAAACCGUUAAGAACAAUAAAAUGA